AUGCCUCAUAAGGAAGAAGCAUAUACCGAAUUCACUCCGGAAUCAUACCCGCCGUUCCCUUCAGAUUUGCCCACGGUCUCACUGGAGACGAUUACCCUAUCUAAGCUUUUAAAUGGCGACGCCGUCGAGCAGGGUCGUGUGUUCGAGGCAUGUGUCGGACGCGGCUUUUUCUACUUGGAGCUGGACGGCUGCACUGCGGGGGACACCAUCCGCCGGGGUGCUGAGCAGAUUGCACUGGCGGGAGAGCGUGUAUUCCGGUUGCCACUAGCUGAGAAGAUGGACUAUAAGAUGGUCAAGUCCCUAUUCGGGUACAAGUAUGCUGGAUCAACCGUGACAGAUAAGGCUGGCACUCCAGAUACUGCCGAGUUUUUCAACGUGGGCAAGAAUGACAUGAUUGUGCCGAACGACCGUAUGAGCCGCCCAUGGCCGCCCGCUAUCCUAGAUGCGAAGCCUCUUUUUGCCGAUUAUAUCAAGAGUGCGCAUUCCAUUGGGAUGACGAUCAUGAAUAUCCUUGCGGAAAGGCUCGGCAUCGAUCCGUCUGAGCUCAUGAACCGCCACAGGAUAGAGGAACCUUCAGGAGACCACGUCCGUAUCACUAGGGGCCCGCCCCGAGAAACGGACGAGAUGCCCGAGAUUCAGACACCCUCGCAUACUGACUUCGGGACAAUUACUAUCUUGAUGAAUUGGCUGGGCGGACUUCAGGUCUGGUCCGAGUCGGCGAGGAAGGCGCAGCUUAGCAACGGCCAACCAGAUGUGCCGGGUGAAUGGCUCUGGGUCAAGCCAAAAAGAGGUUGCGCCAUCAUUAACCUAGGCGAUGCCGCCGUCAGAUUCACGAACGGCGUGCUAUGUUCCGGGCGCCAUCGAGUGAUCCCAUCUCCUGGAUCCCAGGGCCGAUAUCCGCGUUAUAGCAUCGUCUAUUUCGUCAGACCAGAAGACAAGUGUGUCAUGAAAACAAUUAGAGGAAAGGGUAUCCCUGAUGAAGCAAAGGAAGAUGAAGAUGAAGGACUAACAGCCCAUGAGUGGAUAUUUAGGCAGUCGGCAGCGUUGGGAAACCGUUUCGAUAACUGA